UAUAAAAGGGAACGAGGGGGCGGCUUGAAAUUAAAGCAACUCGUAGAAAUUUCUUCGAAGAGAUUGUGUCUCGAUUCAUUGGAUUUUCUUCGCGUGUGGUUUCCAUCUUCCUCUGUCUUCUUUCCGGUAAGAUCUUCAAUUACCCCUGAUUCAAUCGAGGUCAGACCAGAUCAGAUCCGCCAAAAGAAGCACCAAAAUUUCAUGUUCUAGGGUUUUGAAUUUCAUUGUCGUUGUUUCUUUUUAUCGUCGUCGCUUUGCUUGAUUACAUAACUGAAAUCUACGGUGUAAUCUUUGAUUUGCUCUUCGUGUUGGUUGAUUUUUUUUUACGAUUGUCUGCAUAUCUGGGGUUUGUACUUUUUUGCGGAACCCUAGAAAAGGAAAAAUAAUUGGCUAUUUGUUUUGUGCUUUUUUCUUGGAGAUUUUGUUUGGCAUCUUUCUCGAUUGUUUUAUUGAGAAGAGUUGCGUGGUUCUUGAUUGAUAUGGCGGCAGGGCGAGUUGAUGUUCGGAGGAGAAUUGAUGUUGAGAAAGUGAAUCGGGGCUAUGUUCAUGCUAAUCCCGUUAAGAAUGGAUACGAUUGCCCCUCGGAUCGGACCAUUUCGGCUUCCCUUCAUAGGAGUAGGUUUGAAUUGGGUCCUGGGCGAUGUUGGUUAGAUGAUGCUGUGAAAGUUAAAAAUGAUGUUACUCCGAUGUUGGAUGAUGGGGUGCAGCAGCCGCCGCAUAAAAAGAGGAAGUUUUCCCCAAUUGUAUGGGAUCUAGAAGAUAAGGAAGUAAGAGCUUCAUCCAAGACAGGAGAUGUAGGAAGAACUACCACCCUGUCAUCUCCACCUUUACCUCUGAAGUUGUCAACUACGGCUUCCAAUCAGGACGAUAAGCAGCUGCCCGUCUUUGUAGAUCUUAUCAAAGAAGAGCAUUUGCUGCUACCCAAGUCUCCAGUGUCAAAUAUGGGUGCUGUUUUGUCUCCUUCGCUUUCUGGCCAGCAAUGUAAGGAUGAUGAACACGAACAAGGUUUGAUGGGAAAAGAUGACUUUCAAGCACCUAACAUAUUUACAUCACGAUGGGCUUCCGAUAGUGAUGAUGAAGAUGGAUCUCUCACUGAGGAAAAGAUAAAGAGGAGUUCAAGUCUUGAGAGCGGUGAGCUUGAAAGAGAGGAAUUGGAUGUAGAUGGGGUUCGGUCUGAUGAAAGAAGCAGCAUUGAAUUGUCUGCUUGCAAGGGUGAAGAUAAGGAGUGUAAGUUGGAAUCUGAUGUUAUGGACAUUGAUGACAUGCGUGAAGAAGAUGCUAGUGUUGAUCAAUCAGAUUUAGAUGUUGAGGAGUCUGCAGGAAGUGGGAUGAACAUGCUUCUUGGUUGCAGAAGUGCUUUUGAAUAUGAAAAAUUGAACAAAAUAAGUGAAGGCACCUAUGGUAUUGUCUAUAGAGCUAAGGAUAAGAAGACAGGAGAAAUUGUGGCCCUGAAGAAGGUAAAGAUUCUUGGUGGAAGGGAAUUAGAAGAAUAUGGUUUCCCUGUGACAUCACUGAGAGAAAUUAAUAUUCUUGCAUCUUUCCAUCACCCUUCGAUUGUCAAAGUUAAAGAAGUUGUUGUAGAUGACCAUGACAAUGUUUACAUGGUUAUGGAGUACAUGGAGCAUGACUUAAAGUGGCUAAUGGACUCGAUGAAGCGGCGUUUCAGUACAAGUGAUGUUAAAAGCUUGAUGCUACAGCUAUUGGAGGGUGUGAAAUAUCUUCAUGAUAAUUGGGUGCUACAUAGGGAUUUAAAAACAUCCAAUCUUCUCUUGAACAACCAAGGUGAACUCAAAAUAUGCGAUUUUGGUAUGGCACGACUGUAUGGGAGCCCUCUUAAGCCAUAUACCACCAAGGUGGUUACCCAGUGGUAUAGAUCUCCUGAACUUCUACUUGGAGCAAAGAAGUAUUCCGCAGCUGUGGACAUGUGGUCUGUUGGUUGUAUAAUGGCUGAAUUGCUAGCUAAGGAACCUUUAUUCAAAGGGACAAGUGAAAUUGAUCAGCUUCGCAAGAUCUUUGAUACUCUUGGUGUUCCGAAUGAGAAGAUUUGGCCUGGCUUUUCUGAACUACCAGGGACCAAGGCAAAUUAUUCUAAGCAACCGUAUAACUUGUUGCGAAAAAAGUUCCCUGCAGCAUCUUUCACAGGAUCUGGUGUUCUUUCUGAUGCAGGAUUUGACCUGCUUAGCAGGCUUCUUACAUAUGAUCCUGAGAAGGUAAUUAUACUUGAUGAUGCUCUUAAUCAUGAUUGGUUCCGGGAGCUUCCUCUCCCUAAAUCUAAAGAGUUCUUCCCUACUUUCCCACCAAAAGUGUGAAUGUAACAGUUUCCUGGCCUGAUUAGAUAAAGCUUGACACAAAAAUAUUAACCGUGCUAUGCAUGAAGUAUCCAAAUCUGGUUUAGCAGCGGUAAUUUUUUCUUCUGUCUAUUGGUUUGUAUCAUGAUACAGAUACAUAUGUGCAUUCAGCACUAUGUUAUCAUCCGUGGUAGUUGCUUAAGCAGGUGAUUGACAAAACAUGAGAUGCAGCAGUUUUGGUAGCAAAUUAUUGGGAGAUAGCCUUAAUGGUAUGAAUAGAUAAUUUUCGGAUGAGUUGUGAUCAUUAGCUGAGACCUUAGAAACUUUUAAUUUUUCAUCUUCUUGAUAUUGUAUCAGAUUGUAACUCAUGUAAAUAUUCUUAUCCAGAUUUGAAUGUUUCUUUU